AUGAGUGAGCAACUCAAAUUUAUUGUCGAACAAUUGAACAAAGACCCGUUCAGGAAAAACUUUAAUCUCAUCACAUUUGACUCCCUGGAACCGAUGCAACUGCUCCAGAUCUUAAAUGACGUUUUAGCUGAAGUAGACGCAAAGCAAGCUAUUGAUAUUCGCGAGGAAAUGCCCGAACAAACUGCGAAGAGAAUGUGUGCUCUACUUGGGAUGCUGAAAUACAAACCGCCUGGCAACCAGUCGGAUCUGAGCAGCUUCAGACAAGGUCUUGUGGUUGGCAGCAAACCUGCUGUCCAUCCCAUCUUGCAUUGGCUGCUGCAGAGGGUCCCAGAACUGAAGAAGAGGGCUUAUUUAGCUCGCUUUCUUGUUAAACUUGAUGUUCCCGCAGAGUUCCUGGCGGACGACGUUAUCAGUGAUACAUAUCACCAGUAUGAAGAACUGGUGGAAGGAUUUAAGACCAGUCAUAAGGAAUGUGAGCAGCUCAGGACAUCAGGCUUUUCCACAGCAGAAAUCAGAAGGGACAUAAGUGCAAUGGAGGAAGAGAAGGGCCCAUUAAUUAAACGUGUGGAAAGGUUGAAAAAGAGGGUGGAGUCAGUGUCCAACCAUCAACAGAUGCUGGAGCAAGCCAGACAGCUGAGAGUUGAAAAGAAGAGAGAAGAGCAUUUGGCCAACCAGAAGCAAGAACAAAAGAACCAACUGUUUCAGGCAGAGCAGAGACUGCAGAGGUUGCAACAACAGUUAAAGGACAUGAGACAGGCUGCAGCUGAUGCCAGUCCAGAUAGUUUAAUGAAGAGGCUUGAAGAGGAGAUCAAGAUAAAUUCCUACAUGGUGUCUGAGAAACUCCCUAAAGAACUGGAAGUCCUCAGGCGUACUGUUCAGUACCUUCAGAAAGUGGCAUCAGAACCCGCCAUGGGUCACGGUGAUCUCCUGGAGCUGGGAGAGAAGAUUAAAGAAGUUGACUCUCAGAUAAACCAGCUGAUUGAGAAGAAAAUGAUGAGAAGUGACCCAAUAGAUGAUAAGCUGACCCUUUACAGGCAGCAGGCCUCUAUCAUCAUCCGUAAGAAGGAAGCAAAAGCUGAAGAGCUUCAGGAAGCGAGGGAGGAGUUAGCAGCUGCAGAGCGGGAGCUGAAACACAGGACCAACCAGGAAAUGGCCUCCAAUGGGGAACAGGUCAUCCGGGGCGAUGAGUUAAAACGUUUGGUGGCAAAACUGCGGAGCAAGGGUACUGUAUACAAGAAGAAACGUCAAGAGAUUGCAGAAUUGAAAGCAGAGUAUGGUGUUCUCCAACGGACAGAGGAGAUUCUCAAGCAAAGGCAUGAGGCUGUACAAGAGAAACUGCAAACCGUGGAAGCUGAGAAGGGUAUCUCUGGCUACAGUAACACCCAGGAAGAACUAGAGAGGGUGUCAGCCAUCAAGAGUGAGCUAGAUGAAAAGAAGGGACGCACAUUGGAUGACAUGUCUGAAAUGGUGAAACAAUUGAAUUCAAUGAUCGCGGAGAAGAAGUCGGCUGUUGCUCCAAUUAUCAAAGAGCUGAGGUCACUAAGGCAGCAGUGUCAGGUAUUAAAUCAGGAAUAUGAAGAAAAGAAAUCCCAGUACGAAAGUUGUGCUGCUGGUCUUGAUAGUAACAGAUCUAAAUUGGAGCAGGAGGUGAAAUCAUUGAGAGAGGAGACAGCACAGGAAGAAAAUAGAUAUCAUUACAUCAACUGCAAGUCAGAGAUUAUUGAGAUGCAAAUACAGCGCGCAGCGGAGGAGAUGAAGGCCUAUGUGUCCUCUGAUGUUCAGGAGAGAAAAAAAGCCAUCAGGGAAGCGUACAUGAAGAACAUUGCCGAGCAAGAGUUACUUGGCAAGAAGUUACGUGAGAAGCAGAAGCUGGUGAGGGAGAGCCACAGUGCUAACAUGGAGCAGAUGAAGAUGUGGCAAGACUUGGAGCAGCUGAUGGAGUGUAAGAGACAGUGCUUCAUAACAAAGCAGAAUGAGGCAUCUGUUGGUCAGGUCAUACAAGAAGGAGGAGAGGAUAGGCUCGUGCUGUGA